AUGUAUACAGUAAUGUAUAUCCCAGCUCCCCUGUACUCCAUUAUAGUGAUAUGACAUGUAUACAGUAAUUACUUACUCCGAGUCACCCGCGGCGGUGGAGAGGGUGUCUCCUCUCAGUGGAGGAGAGCGGACCUCUCCUGCACCUGUCCCCUCAGCGGCGGUGCAGCAGAAGCCGGAAAAACGGAAGUUGUAAACCGGAACUCGGCUUCACAAUGAGGCUUGGAGCGCAGCUCGCCACUCGCCACAGAGGAAUUUCUCCUCGCAUUUGGCAAGCGACUUUUUCAAGCCCUGGUGUA